AUGGAGUCGAUACCCAAUCAACAACCAGCGGGACGAGACUCCAGCUCUUCCCCCAGCUCCAAGCAGGACGUUCAGCCCUUCUCCAGCCCCAUCUCCCUGAAGCCUAACCAAGUCAGCGAGACCGCGUUGUAUGGAGUGCACAUCGUGUCUUUGGUCAUAGAUGGCCAGGAAAGACUUUGCUUGGCGCAGAUAUCCAACACAUUGCUAAAGAACUACAGUUACAACGAAAUCCAUAACCGACGCGUUGCUCUUGGAAUCACCUGCGUCCAGUGCACGCCAGUCCAGCUCGAGAUACUGAGGCGCGCUGGCGCGAUGCCAAUCUCCUCGCGGCGCUGCGGUAUGAUCACUAAGCGCGAAGCCGAGAGGCUAUGUAAAUCAUUCCUCGGUGCUCACAACCCACCAAAGCUACCGGAAAAUUUCGCUUUUGAUGUCUCUCAUGAAUGUGCUUGGGGAAGCAGAGGUAGCUUCAUACCUGCAAGGUAUAACAGCUCGAGGGCCAAGUGCAUUAAAUGCACAUAUUGCAACAUGUAUUUUUCCCCGAAUAAAUUCAUAUUCCACUCCCAUCGCACUCCCGAGUCCAAGUAUACACAGCCAGACGCAGCAAACUUCAAUUCGUGGAGGCGCCAUCUCAAACUAACAGACAAAAGCUCGUCAGAUGAUGUUGCCCACGCGUGGGAGGAUGUUAAAGCGAUGUUCAACGGGGGGAGUCGUAAGAGGACGCUACCUAUGAGUGGGUCAUGCAUGUCCUCUCCUUUGAAGUCACAUUCCACCAGUAACCCAAACCAAAGAAGUUCCCCCGAGGUACCCCAUAAAACGUUGCGUUGUGACGAAGACCGAGGUAGGCCUAACAUCAGUCUGCCAAAUGGCGUCCGGAACUACCCGGUUAUCCCUGUGCCCAGCAAGAGCUUUGGGAUGCUUCAAAAGAUCCCGCCACCGCUCUUCCCCCACCCGUACGGAUUCCCUGCGUUUGGACUGUGUCAAAAGAAGGACGACGGAGUGGGAGAGAUAAAUAAAACCAACGUUUCGGGUGUCUUUUGGCCAGGCGCAAAGGACAGUAUAUAUCCCUCUUUCCCCAUGUUUUGGCCUACAGCAGGUGGCCUACCGAUGCCACCGUAUCAACAGUCACCACCCAAACCGCCCUCAGAGCUCUUAAGUGUCCGGCAGAGUGAGCUCGAGUUAUCGGAUCAAAGUGACCGGUGCGCAAACACACCUAAGGAUAGCUUUCACGACAGCGAGCGCUGCUCCAGCUCACAAUCCACCCGGAAUGAAGAGGAUAAAUCCGGGGAUGAGGCCCGGUCGAUGGAAGGACCCCCCACAACUCCACGGAAGAUAAAUUACAUCUCUGCGUUCAGACCUGUGGUGAAAGACGCCGAAAGCAUUGCAAAGCUAUACGGCAACAGGGACACGUACAACGGUGUGCGCUCUGGUUACCUAUCCCCAGAUUUCGUGAGUGAAAGUUCUAGCUAUAGGUCUAUGUCCCCGGAUGUGGAUAGCGCGGACGACCCAGACGUUGACGUGGAGUCAAACAGGGCACAAGAGGAUGAAGAGUCAGUCCAACUGUCAGUGGAGGACCGUCAGAGUCCCCCGCCCCUCAACCCACCCCAUUCCGGGCCUGAAGAUAGUCAAGAGCUGGGGACAAGUCCAGGACCACCCCCGGAAGAUCCCCACUCCGGGUCCUCUGAUGACGAGAGGCAUGGUAGACAGGUGUCAGAGCGCAAUGAUACACCGGUGUACGAAGUAAGUGUGCCAAUGUCCUUAUGAGUGCUUUGGUGUUCAAUCUUGAUAUAUGGUACAAUCUCUUUACGCACACGUUUGUCAAAUACUUUAGGCACUAAUCCACGGAGACUUGUUUGGAUCUCAUAUGAAAAUGGGAUAUGUUUGGUCCUGUAAGCGCACCGGCAUAAAGCAUGGUCAUCAUGCUUUGUUUAAUGUACCAAUAUUCAUAGGCCUAUGCCCUGUAGGCUGUAGAUAUGGUUGGCAGCGUUGAACUGUUUGAAGCCUAAACAGUAAGCUGAUGUGAUGUAUUCAAUGCGUUUUUGCAAGGGGAUUUAAUAUUUUGGUGAAAUGAAAACAAACAUUUUUAUAUUAACUAUAUCCAUGUAGGCCUUCUCGCAUGGGUUUUUAAUUGUGCUCUUGUAAACCCAGAAAUGACAGAAGGCUGAGCCUGUUUAGACAUGAUUGGCAGGUUGAGGAUGCUGCCUCGUACUGAACAAAUAUGGAAAUUAUCUUUUGUUAAAUACAUUUUGGCAAUGACAUUUACAAAAAAAGACCAUCGUCCCAAUAUGAAAGAGAUUGAGAAUGGAAUAGGCCUAUUUGAAUAAGGUUGCUGAGUGGUAGCCUAGGUCUGUGUCUUGUCUUUUGUUCUAAAGAUAAUUACAGUGUUUCUGUUUGGAGUGUUUACUGCGAGCCCUGUAGUGUUUUGAGAAAAGGUUAGGCCUGCGCCGGCCUCGUCCUAAUUUCAGUCAAACUGCAAUUUAGAUAGGUGGACAUCAAUUGAAUUACUUCCAUAUAAUUAUAAAUUGGAGACGUGUCACGUGGGUAUAUCUUCUCAAAGAAUUGCUUGUGAAAUUAAGAGAAUUAUAGAUAAUUGCAGUUGUAUUGACUAUAAUGGCGAUGGUUAAUUUUGCAGGUGUACACACAUGAAAAGGAUGGACACAUGCCUUUGAACGGUCAAUCUACGUUUGGAUCAAAACACAGCAGCCCAUUGCAAUCGAACGGUAGGUCUAUUAUCUUGAAUAGCACAUCUUCAUGGUAUAGUUUCUGUAUGCAAAUAGGCACGUCGCUUAUUACCGUCUUUAUCAGGUGUCCUCCAUGUUUCCGACCCACAUAAACAACGUUCUCCUACAAGAGAGGACGUGCCACAGAGAGCCUAUCAGGACCAAGGAAAGGAAAGCCCACCAUGUGAGUCUCUCUCUCUCUCUCUCUCUCUCUCUCUCUCUCUCUCUCUCUCUCUCUCUCUCUCUCUCUCUCUCUCUCUCUGUCUCUGUCUCUGUCUCUGUCUCUGUCUCUGUGUGUGUGUGUGUGUGUGUGUGUGUAAAAGUUUAGUAGGUCUACCAUGGUAAUAUAGCCUACUAUAUUAUAAUAUAUGUUACGAAAUUGUUAGCCAAAGGUUUCUCACUUUUUACUGUUGCAAAUAUGAUAAUUUAGUACAGAAAAUUGAGUAAAUUAGAUUAAUUAAUGAGCUGAUGCCAUCGUUUAAUAUUUAUCUUGCAGGCGAUGGGGCAUUACGUCAGCAUGAAGUCAGUAGAAUCCACAAAAAAGACAUCGAAAACAUGGCUAAAGGUAAUAAUGUAACUUUUAUCAAUGAUCAUUGACAUUUGUUUAUUUUGAUUAGCCUCAUGCAAAACGACCAACAAGUAUGCCUAGCCUCGUUUCAAGUAAUUAGAUCUCAUCAUAAAUUGAACAAAGCAAGGUGGAAAUCACUGAAAUAAUAGGCUAAUUGUCGGUUCUAUUAAUUUUUUAAUUUUCAUAUUUAGGGUUGAUUAAACAGAGUUUUAUUUUAAACAUAACGAACACGUGUGAACACGGCUCUAUUUGUAGACCUACCUCCUCAAAGCCUACAAUUUCAACAUUCGAAAAAAACCUCGUGCUGUUUAUUAUAGGCCUUUUUAUGGAAAAUGAGAACCAUUUUCAAUGUUAGUCUUGUGUAGGCUACGACGUGUGGAUUGUUUCCGUCCAUAUCUCAGUACUGCACUAACAAAAUAAUGCCUAUAAUGAUUUGUCUAAUCAUCUGUUUUCUUGAUCAAAAAAAAAAUAUGCCUACAGCUUAACACAAGUUUGCACUGUCACAUUUGAAUUGUUUUCCAUUCGUUAACCUCCUCUUAUGUUAAAUUAUGAGCAACGGAAUUGUUCUCAUUAUUGUAACACGAAAUCGUUUUUAGACUAUUAAUAUUUUAACGAGCCCAGCCAUUAAGCUGCGGCGCUCGAGCCUCAAACCCGGAGGCGAUGGAGCUAAUUAUUUAGCAAUACCAUGCUUGGAGAAACAGUGAGGCUAAACGACUGUUAGCGUUCCAACCAUAGGCCUUCUGAUAAUAGUUAUUACGAUACUAUAGGGAAAUAACCAAGGAAAACAUUGUGGUUGUUUUUACCCAUAGGCCUGUAUUGUAUUAGGCCUGUAAUCAAAAUAAAAUGCUUUAAUUGUUGAACAGGCUGUCUAAGAUAGGUCUGCAAUAUAUAGGCCAAGUAUGUUGAAAGACACAUUUGGAAUUUACUGCUAUGCCUAUUGCAUUUUUACGACGACGAUGAUGAUAAUGGUGAUGACCGCUUCGUUUUGCAGAGGAACUUCAGAAACAGCUUGUAGAACAAGUGGAGCUCAGAAAAAAGUUGGAACGCGAAUUUCAAAGUUUAAAAGGUAGGACGCUUUAUUGUCCUACUGCUUAAACAUACAUAGAGUCGAGGUGCAGCUGAUAUGCAAGAUUCACAUGGGGGGAAACAGGUGCAACUCGAUAUCUUAAAGUUAAAAAAAAUCUAACUUUAUUUCAAAAAGUUAAAGUCAUUCACGUUUCCACCAUCUUGUCCUGUAUCAGAAUGAGUGUAAACAUAAAGAAUGAAUGAAGCGAACAUUAGUGGACAGCGGCAUGGUGCUGAAAUGGACGUAAAUGAUUUUUUUUGCUUCAAAAGCGAGAGCUGCUCCUGUUUCCCACACAUUGAGGUCUUUAUUUAAAUGUAAUUAUAUGCCUUAAUGUUGAGAACCCCCCCAUUAGGAUCUAAUUCUAUUAUUUGGACUUGCGCACUGUGUUAACAGUAGCCGUCUGCUUGCUCACUAUGCAGAUAAUUUUCAGGACCAAAUGAAGAGGGAACUGUCCUACAGAGAAGAGAUGGUCCAACAGCUUCAUAUUGUCCGAGGUGAGUCUCCAGGAAAAAUAAUGGGAAUAUGCUAAAUGAGCAGAGUUUUAAUAAAUUAAAUAAUAUGUCCCGACUUGAAUUUAAUUAAAUGACCCAUAUCGUAAGUAUGAAAACAUGCAUGUAAAAGAACAGCCAAAUUGACUUUGUUGCUUCCUUGUACCACACAAGAAUGAAGAGGGGAAAGUGACACUUGCAUAAAUUCGGUCAUUAUCGAAUUAGGCUACAUGUCCACAAUCCACAUAUAAUAGCCUACCAUUCCUGUAAAAUAGUCAAAAUUUUUCGCAAUUUGACUGGAAAUUGUCGAGUGAACUGCAAUAAUAUCAAACCACAGAGAGAUUGAUUUCGCUCUGUUUUGUUUGCAAAUGUUAUUUUCUCCUAAAUCACGCACUGGAAAAUGUAAAAGGCAGACCAUUACGUAUCGUCGUAUCAGUUACAUACAGUAGACGACAACAGCUGAUGCCGCCCUUUCACGGAUAGCCUAGCUCUAGAGUUACUGGAACGCAGCAGUGUAAAUACACACUUCAACUACACUAAGGGGUCACUCAAAAUACCCGAGGGUGAACAACAUAAAUUACAGUCAUCCAUUUCAAAGUUUACAAACCACCGCUUUGUAGCUCAAUUAUAGCGUUUUUUUUUCUUAUUUAUUUAUUUGUUGUUUGCUUAGACACUUUGUGCAGCGAGUUGGAUCAAGAAAUAAAGGCGCGUUAUGCAAUACAACAGAAGCUAAAAGGUAAUUUAUAUGGUCCAAAAACAGAACAUUUAUCCAAUUUCAGUCCAUUUGUGAAUUAAUUAAAUGGCUAGCUGGGCCAGGACAUAGCCUUCUAUUGGACUUUGAAUAUUUGUCAAAUGAUUGUCCAACCGUACCUAUGCAAGUGCUACUUUUUUAUUCUUCCCUAGCAUGUGUGUCCUUAUGAUAUGCUAAUUCGUAACACAUUUGAUAUCGAGAAGAAAUACUGUGGCAUGUAGACUGAAAUUAGACAGAAUGAAUAGAGAAUAAAUAGUGUGGAUAUAAAUACAAUGAAUACAUUUAAUCUACCCAGUGUUUGAAGUGACAAAUCCCCUUUCUCCCUAGAAGCUCAUGACGCCCUGCACCAUUUCUCCUGCAAGAUGCUGACCCCUCGUCACUGUACCGGAGCCUGUACUUUCAAACCCCCUCUGCUGCCUCCAUAAUAGACCACAAUACCCCCCCCAACUGACCCCAG